UCCUAUAGGAGAAAUGUAACUUUUAAGGCGUCAGUAAAAUUCUACUUGAACUAAAAAUGAUUAGAUCUACCGUGUUAAUUUUGAUUUUUACGGUACAACUGUGACAGUGACAAUUUGUGUUGUGUUUGGUUUCGGUGAACAUUCACAAUGUCUGAGCUCCGCGUCGCUGAAAUAUCUGAAGAUACUGCAGAUAACCUAAAAAAGUUCAAAUUUCGAAAAUCCCAGAACACAAUUGCCCUCAUAUUGAAAAUUGAUAAAGAAGCUUUGAAAAUCGAACCAGAACAAAUACUUGAAGAUAUUACACUUAACAAACUCAAAGAUUCUUUACCGUACCAUCAACCAAGAUAUAUUCUUUUAAGUUACCGUUAUGAAAAGGAGGAUGGUCGAGUAACAUUUCCAUACUGUCUAUUAUUUUCAACUCCGAUGGGUUCUGCUACUAACCUGAAGAUGAUGUAUACCACAAGUCUUACAAAUCUGAUGCAUAAAAGCGGAGUUACGAAGGUUUUUGAGCUCAGAGACCUGGAAGAACUUUCGGAUGAAUGGUUACAAGAAAACCUGGAUCGCACAACUUGAGUUAAUAAAUUGACCUUCAGAUCCAAUUUUGUUAAUUUUUUUUACAUAAAUUGAAAUCCAUGUUAUA